AUGACUGUCGGAGCGCGCGGAUCCGGGACGACCUCGCGCAGGGUUUGCCGGUCGCCUCGGGCGCCGAGGAGUCGGCGAUCACACCUGAUACCCUCUCAAGCCAUCGCGGGCGCGGUGGGGAUCCUAUGCCUAGCCAUCGGUUGUUGCACGACUUUGGUCAAUGCUGCAGUUUUGCCCAAGCGCGCAGAGCCGGUCAUGUCGACUUAUCUGGUCAACAAGGUCAAGGGACAGGCGGCGCAAGCUUCGACGGAUACGUGAGUUCGCCCUCGGCAACUACUCGUCGUCGAGUCGAUUCUUGAUGGAAGAAUGCAAAUCUGAUUCGUAAAUCUUUGACUCUCGAAUCUGAUAUUCGUCUGCAUUGUACAGCUGGGUGUCGGGGACGUUCACCGAAGCUUUGCUCGAGCUCUACUACCCUCAACUCACCGUGUUCAACCCAAGUAUCUCAUCGCAACUAGCUGCGACCAGUUUCUCAUCCAGCUCUACGCCGAGCGCAUCGAACGACAUCACCGCUUCCUGGGCCAGCCAAAGACCAUCUUCCACAAAUCAGUUCGCCUACGUUUCAGGAGGGGCCGCGGGAGAUCCGGCUUCGCUCGGGUGGGCUUGGAUCGUCGCUUCAAAAACGGUUGCGAGUAGCGCCACCAAGGCGAAUUAUGAGAGUAUCGUUCAGCAGGAGAUUGGGUACCUUGAGACGGUGCCUAGGACGAGUGAUGGCGCGGUGAGUCACCGUCCGAGCAGCGAGCCCGUACAACUCUGGUCGGAUUUCAUCUGUGAGUGUUCGGUGCUCGGCUAAAGACGUUGUUGCGGCGGGGACAGCCUUGACUGAUGAAGAUAGUUGUACGUGUCAGACAUGGUCCCACCCUUCUUGGCCGGUCGAGGUCUGGAAACGAACAACGCGACGCUCUUGCUCCAGGCCUACGCGCAGAUCAAGAUCUACCGGCGCUACUUGCAAGACCGUCGCACGGGUUUGUGGAAGCAUGUUGAUUUGGGAAAUUGGCAAGACAGUGGUCUUUGGGCGACAGGUGAGAUUGGGAGCAUUACUACUGAGGAGUUCCGGUUCGGAGGAUAGAUAGCCACGCACGCGGAUCUGACCCCUGUUCCAACUUCUUCGACGAACGCAGGCAACGGCUGGGCAGCCGCAGGCAUGACGCGCGUACUCGCUUCGAUGAUGCAUUCCCCCGCACCGAGUGCAUAUACCUCCGAAAUUUCCGAUCUUGUUACUUGGAUCUCGGAGAUCAUCAAUGCGACUUUUGCUCGGCUUGAUGUUAGUCUCGUCUAUUCUAGAGCGAGCCAGAUUCAAGGAACCUGACGAGCUGCGCUGCUCACCGUUUCAAUCUCAGAGCAACGGCAUGAUCCCCAACUACUUCGGUGACUCCAACACCUUUUCUGAUUCCGCUUCCUCGGCCCUCCUAGCCAGCGUCCCCUUCCGACUUGCCCAACUAGGCCAUGGAACCUCAGCCCAACUCGCCAGCGCUACAGCUUUACGUGACAAGUUGAUCUCCAAGAUCAAUACGUCUUCGGGAUGGUUGCAAGGUUGCGUCAACCCUUUGUCGUGGCAACAGACGUCGAAUACGAGUCCAGAGGCGCAGUCGUUUAUUUUGCUGCUCGAGGCGGCGUACAGGGCCUAUUUAGCUUCGCAGUGA